AUGGUAAAAAAUGUUAAAAAUGAAAAGGAUUUGGAGAGAAAUAAAAAUAAGUUGAAUGAUAUUUUUAAAACUUUGAAAACGAAUAAGGAAGGUGGAGAUUCUAAGGGUAAAAUCGCAUCAAAAGAUAAACUUGCAAAAGUUAAAAAUACUAAAAUUAAUAAAUUAAAUGAAAGUUUGCAUAAAAAGAAAAUAAAGGCCAAAAAGGAGGAAUACAGCUCAAAUCAUAUAACUCAAAACAUUCGCAGAAGAACUAUUGAUAAUUUACCAAUUUAUACCAUGGAAGAAUUAAAUAUAGGAAAAGGAGGCGAUACGGAAUUAUGCCCUUUUGAUUGCCAAUGUUGUUUUUAA